AUAGAGAGAGGGCAGUCAGAGGAAUUGUAGAGAGCAAGAAGGAAAACGGGGAACAACAGGGAGAGACAGGAAAUGAGUGAGAAAGAAGAGGUAGAUAGAGGGACAGAAGAGAGAAGCAGCUGGAACAGUGUAGUAUACGCUAGUUAACUGGACACAGUGGACAGACCACACUGCACUAACCUCUAGCUCAUCUUCGUUCUGUUUUAAAGACUGGAUCUAUGAGACUGAACUGCUGUCUAGAACACCUGAGCAAAAGUCCAUUCAAUGUCUUGUGGGUGGUUCCACAGGGAUAUCUCUGGCUUGGAUGCUGAGUCUGUUUUGAAGAGCCGGGGCGUCCAUGGCAGCUUCCUGGCCCGACCCAGCAGGAAGAACCAGGGAGACUUCUCUCUCUCUGUCAGGGUGGGUGAGCUGGUGACCCACAUCCGUAUCCAAAACACAGGGGACUUCUACGACCUGUAUGGAGGGGAGAAGUUUGCCACGCUGUCCGAGCUGGUGGAGCACUACACUGCAGAGAACGGGAUCCUGCAGGACAAAGACGGCACCAUCAUCGAGCUCAAAUACCCCUUCAACUGCUCUGACCCCACCACCGAGAGGUGGUAUCAUGGACACCUGUCAGGCCCCAAUGCAGAGAAGUUGCUAUGGGAACGGGACGAGCCGGGCACCUUCCUGGUGCGGGAGUCUCUGUCCAAACCUGGAGACUUUGUUCUGUCUGUUCUGACUGAGGAGAAGAGCAAGGCAUCCUGCGGAGGGAGGAGGGUCUCACACAUCAAGAUCAUGUGCCAGAAUGACCGGUACACGGUGGGAGGCACAGAGAUGUUUGACACCCUGGCUGACCUGAUGGAGCACUACAAACGCAAAGGCAUCGAGGAGAUGUCUGGAACCUGGGUGCACCUCAAACAGCCCUACUUUUCCACCAGAGUGAAUGCAGCAGACAUUGACAGCAGAGUGAGGCUGCUGGACCAGAUGGCCGAGAGAGAGAACGAGGGAGACAAGAAGAGCAAAGCAGGAUUCUGGGAGGAGUUUGAUGCCCUUCAAAAGCAGGAGACAAAGGUGAAGAAGAGCAGAGAAGAAGGGAUGAGACCAGAAAACAAAAGCAAAAACCGAUAUAAGAACAUCCUUCCCUUUGAUGAGACCAGGGUCAUUCUGUCAUCUGGAGACCCCGAUAUCAUUGGCUCAGAUUACAUCAAUGGCAACUAUGUGACAAAUAAGCUGCAGGAGCCCAGUGACCAGAAGGUGUACAUCGCCUGUCAGGGCUGCCUUGCAACAACUGUCAACGAUUUCUGGCAGAUGGUGUGGCAGGAGAGGACAAGGGUCAUCGUCAUGACAACCAGGGAGGUCGAGAAGGGACGGAAUAAAUGCGUGCCAUACUGGCCAGAAAUGCAGGGCUCCAAAGAGGUGGGGCCGUAUGUGGUCACUUGGGUCUCUGAGAGAGAUGCCACUGACUACAAGAUCAGGGUUAUGGAGAUCUCCCCUCUGGAUCAGUCGGACUCGGUCCGUACUAUCUGGCACUACCAGUACCUGAGCUGGCCCGACCAUGGAGUUCCCGAGGAGCCAGGAGGGGUGCUCAGCUUCCUCACUCAGGUCAACACAAAACAGGCCGAGUUCGCCAACGCCGGGCCAAUGAUCAUCCACUGCAGUGCUGGAAUAGGCCGAACUGGCACCAUUGUGGUGAUCGACAUGAUCAUCGAGACCAUCGACACGAAAGGUCUGGACUGUGACAUAGACAUCCAGAAGAGCAUCCAGAUGGUGAGAGACCAGCGGUCAGGCAUGGUGCAGACUGAAGCCCAGUACAAGUUCAUCUACCUGGCCGUCUCUGAGUACAUAGAGGCCUCCAAGACCUACAACAAGGGAGCUGAGACAGAGUAUGGAAAUUUGCAGUUCAAACACCAGCCUGCCAGCCGCAAGGUCUCCAAAAACAAGGAACGGGAAUUGUAUGAAAACCUAGCCAAAGGAAAGAAAGAUGUGAAGAAGCAGAAGUCAGAGGAGAAGAAGAGUGGCUCUGUGAGAAAAAGAUAGAGGAUGAGAGAGCUGUAUCCUGAUGAUUUAAUAUUGAAUUUGAUAUUACAUUUUUAUUUUAAAAGAUUUAUCUUAGUGUUUUUUGAUAUCAAGUGAUAAAGUUGAUGUCUGUGAUAUAAUUGAGAUUAUAAAGCAAAGUACUGAUAGCCGUGAACCAUUCUGCACCCAUGCAAAUGGUAAUGGUUUUAAAUGUUUGCUGACAAUAAAAGCUCAGAGUAAUAA